GACUCGACGGUGAGGUUCCGCGUGUGCGAAUCCGUAAACUGCCUCGUAAAUAUCGCACAGAUUACCGUUUUUCCAGCAACGUUGAUAAUACGUCUGGCUAGUUUUCCCUUUCGUUCACUGCGCUAUCGUUCGCGGUCGGUUGUGUGUUGCUAGAUUGUUCGACGCUUGAUGCCACUUGUGGACAUGUAAAUUUGCCACCGUCCCAGUGCGAGCUGCUUUUCUGCUGCUGUGGUGAAAACUGUGCGCAAGUUUCUAUGUUCCCUUGUGUACAUCCAAGAAGGUUCUGUGAGUUUGAAUAAAAGCGGAACUAGGUACAUGUGCAGCUUCUUCGUGCAUUUAAAGGGGAACUUAGUACAUCAGCGGCAUCUACGUGCAUAACAACAACAGAAAAAAAGCGAGAUCAGUUUGCCCGUGCUCGAGAGUGAUCAGUAGUGGUACGAGUUUUAGUGUGAAGUGCCCAGUUCGCGGACCAAUUCGGGAAUUUCGUGCAUCGGGUUCGCGGUCGUUCACGUUAUUGUGCUGCAGGCAGUCGGGUGCAGUGUUGUAAUCGUGUUCUAUGUUCUGGUGCGUGCAUUGUUGGGCUCGCAAAGCUUCCCCUGCGAUAACCAAGAGCGGAUAGAACAUCAAACACCCUCGAUGGCGGCAUUAUCUUCUCGAAGAUGGUUCCACCGUUCGGUGUCCGGCGUGGAAGCGGAAACCAUGCUGCUAGAGCGCGGUUUCGACGGUUCGUUUCUGGCGCGACAUUCCUCGUCGAGCCCGGGUGCGUUCACCCUUUCGGUGCGCCGCGGCCAGGAGGUGACCCACAUAAAGAUCCAGAACAAUGGUGAUUUUUUCGAUCUCUACGGUGGUGAAAAGUUUGCCACCCUCUCCGAGCUUGUACAGUAUUACAUGGAAAAUGGGGGCCAGUUGAAGGAGAAGAAUGGACAAAUCAUUGAGCUGAAGCAACCGCUGAUAUGUGCCGAACCAACAACCGAACGAUGGUUCCACGGCAACCUGUCCGCUAAGGAGGCGGAAAAGCUUAUCCUGGAACGAGGCAAGAAUGGUUCGUUUCUAGUGCGUGAAUCUCAAAGCAAGCUCAGCGAUUUCGUGCUCUCGGUCCGGGCGGACGAUAAGGUGACGCACGUGAUGAUCCGGUGGCAUGAAAAAAUGUACGACGUCGGUGGCGGCCAGCAGUUUCCGACCCUGAGCGACCUGAUCGAGUACUACAAGCGCAACCCGAUGGUGGAGACGUGCGGCACCGUCGUCCACCUGCGCCAGCCGUUCAACGCGACGCGCAUCACCGCGGCCGGCAUCAACGAUCGGGUCGAGCAGCUGCAGCGGGAAAACAGCGGCCAGUCGUACGGCAAAGGCGGCUUCUGGGAGGAGUUCGAAUCUCUGCAGCAGCAGGAGUGCCGGCACACGUUCUCGCGCCGCGAGGGCCAGCGGAACGAGAACCGCGCCAAGAAUAGAUAUAAGAACAUUUUACCAUUUGACCACACCCGGGUGAAACUGAAAGAUGUCGAAAGUACGGUGCCGGGUGCCGACUACAUCAAUGCCAACUACAUCCGCCAGCCGACGGAGGCGGAACAGAACGACAUGAGCUCGUCGUCGGAAAAUCUGGCCCAAUCGGGAGUCGGCGGUAGCGGUUCGCUAAAUGGCGGCGGCAUCGGGAAUGCGACCAACAACAACUCCACCAACGGCAUCAACGGGCUGGGUCAGCCGACCAAGGGUUGCUCGAGCUGCCAGCUGCUGAACAAACCGUGCGCCCAGUGCUCCCUGAAGACGUCCGGUGUUGAGUCGAUGAAGCACAAACGCAACGAGUCGCUAACCUCCCGGAUGCAGCUGCAGCAGCAGCAGUCACCGCACAAGCGGGACGAAAAGGACAUGUUCAAGACGUACAUCGCGACGCAGGGCUGCCUGGCGAACACGAUACAGGACUUCUGGAACAUGAUCUGGCAGGAGAACACGCGCGUCAUCGUCAUGACAACCAAAGAGAUGGAGCGGGGCAAGAAGAAGUGCGAAAAGUACUGGCCCGAUCCGCAGCAGAGCAAGGAGUGGGGCCAUGCGCGCGUACGCUGCCUGAGCGAAACCAGUACCGCCGACUACACGCUCCGGGAGUUUCUGCUGUCGUGGCGCGGACAGGAGGAUCGCAAAAUCUACCAAUACCACUUCCAGGUGUGGCCGGACCACGGCGUACCGGCCGAUCCUGGUUGCGUACUGAACUUCCUGCAGGACGUGAACACGCGCCAGGCGCAACUUCAGCUGGAAGGAGUGAUGCCGGGCCCCAUAUGUGUCCACUGUUCGGCCGGUAUCGGACGAACGGGUACGUUCAUCGUAAUCGAUAUGAUCCUGGAUCAAAUCUUACGCCAAGGGCACGAGUGUGAAAUCGACAUCCAGCGGACGAUACAGAUGGUGCGCUCGCAGCGAUCCGGCAUGGUGCAGACGGAGGCCCAGUACAAGUUCGUCUACUUCGCCGUCCAGCACUACAUCCAGACGCUGCUGCAGCGGAAACAGGCCGAACAGCAGAGCCUGCAAGUGGGCCGCGAGUACACCAAUAUUAAGUCGACUUCGGACUCACAGCUACCAUUACCGAGGGCAGUGAACGAUUUAAACAACUCAUUAUCAGUAUAUGAGAACAUUCGCAAAGAGAUUGGACGUGCACCACCGCCAACACCACCGAGAAAAUCAUGACAAAUGGAUUUUUAAGUAAACUAAAGUCAAAUGCUGUGAAAAUUAAACAAACAACUUCGCUACGGGAAUGCUUUCCAUCAGUCCAAGACGAAGGAGGACUAGCAGAUAAAAAAAGGGAAUACCGAAGUAGGCUGGAGUGUAGCAGCGGCGGAACCCCAUGCGUUGUAUAGUUUCCCAAAUAGUUCCAUCGAUUACUAAUUUGAUAUUGAAAGGUUAAAUGUGAUGUUUGUGUGUGCGUGUGUGUUUUUUUUUAAAGUUACGAUUAUUAUCUCGCGCGGUUAUUGGGCGCGAACAGGCAAGAAGCCGGACGCUAGGUAAUACUUUACCGAGAAAAUGAUAACACCACAACCGUUCCGAGCGAUACACGAUCGACGCUUGAGAAUGAAAAAGUGAGAUACUAAAAGCUAAAGAAAACCGAAGAAAAUUUAUGGAAGCUGCGUACGUUAAUUUUAGUCCGGACAGUGAAUGACAAAGCGAAAAUGUGGUCGAUAUAGAUAUCUGUUUUUGCUGUCCCCCUAUAAUUUUGUUUUGUUUUUAAUGUAUGUUUGAAAAACCGCGGAAUUAUAAAGGUCAGCAUUCGAAACGAAACAUAACGAUAUGUUUUUCCACCGUAUGACUAUAUCGAAUGAUAAACAAAAUAAUAUACUAUAUACUAUAAAUAUGUGUGUUUAAAACAAGCUUUGAUUGUGAUUGAGGAUCGAUUUAGAAAGCGAGACAGCCAGAGCAAGGGAGCAAGGCGAGAAUGAGAGUUGAAUUGAAAUGUUGAACCAUAUUCAUCCGUUUCGUACCGAACGGAUGUAGGAACAGUUGCAUGCAAUCAUAGAAACACAAAACACGUUCCCUGAGGUUCCCAGUUGGGGAUAGUGCAGACGAUUUCUGGUAUAUAAAGCAUUCACUCCCGUCAAUGUGCAUAAAUGUGUAGUGCUUAGAUCAAACCAGUUACUAGACCAACCCCGCCAAGAGAAGAAUCAAUCUUCCCAUGCCGUCUAAAGGGGGCCGACAUAGGCAUGCAUAACGAACCGAAACAGGAUAAAUAAUAAUAUGUUAAGCAGGCAUAUGAGAUAGCGAUCGAUAGGAUAGCGCGACGGAAGAUAUAGAAAAUAAAAAGACUACAGUUUCAAAAAAUGGCUUGACCCGAAACAAAAAACCAGAAGGCAAAACUAAUCAGAAAAAAAGAAAACAAACCAACCAGAAGUCUCUAUUUUUGUAAAGUAACAAAGUCUUAACAAAGGAGAAAAUGUUUUGAUGAACGAAUGCUAUAGAUGAGAGAUUACGAAAUGGGUAAAAGUACGAUUAUAAUGAAAGCUGAUGUAACUAUUUGCCUAACACUUUCAACACCGAACGCUUUAAAGAGCGAAUAGAAUGUUGUAAAUUAUGAAAAGCUUAAUAACUGAACUUACGGACCAGAUGCGAUGAAAGACUUGGCAAAAAGGCAACACUUCAAUCUAGCAAUGAAAUGCAGUAAGUUGUCAAAAAAUGCUGCAAAGCGUGUUGUGCACCAUAAGUAACUUCAGCUGGUCACAGUUUUCGUUUUUAUUUCAAAUAAUAACCUACCGGUGUCACUACACAAGCAUGUUCAAAAUGCCUAAUGUCGACUUAAUUUUGCCAUCUUUUGUCAAGUGCAGGGAAGUACUGUGGUCCAAUGUUUUGCUGUUCUCGCUAAACAACUUUGAAAUACGUUUCCGUUUAAUGCUAUGUCUAAUACAUCCACACCAGAAGACUAGGAGCAAAGGGUUAACUUGUAAGCAUUAAGUUUUUUUUUUUUUUCUAAAUGUGUUUUAAGCACUACCGAUGAUCCAUCUACUUCUGUUAUCGCUUUAUUAUAAUUUCACAGAAACAUGCUGUACCAAGCUUUGGUUUUGUUUAAUUCACUAACCUAACCUGCAACUAGAAUGCGGUGCUAUCGCACCAUACUUAUGUUAGUUAUUUUUGUAAUCUGUUCCAUGGUUUUGUUACUAGAUGCCUUCCGUCUUGUUACGCACGUUUCCGUUUCGACCAAUGGGACUUCCGCUUCAAAAUGUGUUCAGUUGGGCAAAGCGAAAAAAAACAAUGCACUCAUAACCGACUCUACAGAUUCGGCCCUUUCUGCCGGCAGUCAGAAUUAAAAUAAAAGCUGAAUGUGAUGUAGCGGUAAAUUACGCGGCAGAGAGACAUUUAGAGAGAGAAAAAGUGAGACAGGCGGCGGGAAAGCGUUGUGUUGUUGGAAGUACAAUUGUCAAAAAUAGUUAUUUUUAAUUAAACAAAAAAACUAUACUAUUUUGCCGGAUGAAAUAAAUUUCGAGUGCAUUUUCCAGUCCCCA